AUGAGCCUCCAAACGGUCAGGUCACCGUUCUCCCUAAACGAUUACACUGCGCUGUCCGAGCACCAGGAGCAAACCCCCAGCAGCUUCUACGAUGGCAAGCCCGUGCUACACUACCAUUCGACCGGCGCAAAGGCCUGGAUUCCCAAGUCGCAGCGCGGCAAGCUACCCUUUUUCCCAGCCGACCUCUCGUCAGAGCCAACAGCGCCCGAAAACGGCGCGCUGAAUGGCCAGACCGAAGAAAGCGUCGAGCAAAAGGUCGACCUGUUUGUGAACUCACAGAACCUCUCGAUAUUCUGCCCCUCCGCCGAGUGCGGCGUCUCGAUCCCCUACCAACAAAUCAGCAUCCACGCCAUCAAGACCCUGCACGACAGCAACCAAACCGCCCACCCGGCCGUCUACCUCCAGCUCGAGCUAGCCGCGGGCGGCGCGGGCGACGACGACUUCGACACGGUCGAGCUGACCCUCAUCCCGCAAUCACCCCAGACCUCUUCCGGCGCGGCAACAACCCCGCCCAAACCCGAAGCGACCCUCCUCUUCGAGGCCGUCUCGGAGUGCUCCAACCUGAACCCAGACGCAGCCCAGGACGGCGAUGACGACGACGAGGACACAGAGGACGGCGGGGCGCAGAUCCUGUUUGAGGGCGACUACGAGGCGGUCGAGGGGUUUAGCGGCGUGUUUGCCGGCGCGAGGGAUGGUGGGUUGCCGCCUGCGAUGCCGGGUAGUGGCGGGUGGAUUACGGCGGAGAAUGUGCAUGAGUAUUUUGACGAGGAGGGGAAUUGGAUUGGCGGGGAGGAAGGGGUCAGUGGUGAGCUGGGGGAGGGGGCGGGGGCUGUGCAUGGGAGAGAGGAGGAGGAGGGUGGUGGCGCUCCGGGGGGUGAUGCUGAGGCGGUGGGGUUGAACCAUAAACUUGCAAUUUCCAAAUCCGGGGGGUCGCCCUCGACUACCACCAGUUCGUCCCGUCUGAUCGCUGCUUGUACCCGCGACUUGCUUCCCUCAUUUGGAAAUGCUCUGAUAGGGAUACGGCCGUCCCUCGGCUUUGCCCUGGCCGUCUUCUUCUUCCUGUGGUUGGUCCUGCCGUACGAUAACGCCGCGCGGCUGGCGUUCCGGUGGAAUGCAAAGAGGCUCAAGGCGGCCUUGUUCUCACGCUCCAGCGAGCGGUGGGUGUACGCGCACCCGGAGCACCCUGUCGACGUGGGUCAGGAUCUUGUGGUGAUCGUCAAGACGGGAUAUGGCACGCGGGAGCGGGUACCGGCCUGGCUUGACGCUCUGAGCGACGCGAACGAGUUUAGAGACAUUCUCGUCAUCGCCGACUCGGAGGGUCACAUUGACUUCAAUGACGGGUAUCAUGAUAAAGGGUUGCAUGUUCAUGACGCUGUGGGCCACUCCCUGCGCCUUCACUUGCGCCGCUACGGGGAUCAUCCGAGGGUUGCAAAGUACAACCUGUUGACCGAGGCAAUCUUUAAUAAUGAUGAGGCACUGGCACAAAAUCACUGCCGGUCGUUUGGAUGGGAACUGGAUGCGAUGAAGUUUAUUUCUGGCCUGGAAAUGACUUACCAAAAGUACCCGCACAAGCGGUGGUACCUGCUCGUCGACGACGACACCUUCAUCAUCCAGCCCUCGCUCAAACCGCUUCUCGAGCACCUUGACCCCGAGGAGCCGCAUUAUCUCGGAAACGCUGUGGGCGACUUCAAGGCCCGCUUCGCCCACGGAGGAUCUGCCGUCAUCCUCUCGCACGCAGCCAUGCAGGCGCUGAUAGAGAACCAGCGAGCCCUCGCGUCCGUCUACGUCGACUCGCUCGACGAGACGUGGGGCGACCGGCUGCUGGCCAAGGCGCUGCUGAAGCUCGGCAUCCACCUCGACGAAUCGUACAGCCACCUGUUCAACGGCGAGCCGCCGCUGCUCAGCAAGAUCCGCGCCGACAGGCUCUGCUCGCCGCUCGUCUCCUUCCACAAGCUGCCGACCCCUUCGGCCAUGCGGGAGGUCGGCGACUACUUCCGGAACGUCAGCAAGCCGGUCAUGUGGAACGACUUGUGGGAAAUCUACGGCAAGACGCCACCAUGGCAGCAGACGGAUGCCGCAUUCCACUACAAUUGGGACCACGUGGGGGAGCCCGAUGAAUCCACGCUCACGAUCCCGAACGUCGAAACGCCCGAGGCAUGCGAGAAGCAGCUCAACCGCCGAUCCCGUAGUUCUCUAGCUUGGUCAUGGGACCCCGAGACCGAAACUUGCCAUAUAAGCCAUUGGAUGAUUGUCGGCCGGGCAGCAUCCGGGCGGGUUUCUGCCAUCAACGCCCCGCGCGCGAGGUCUUUGGAGACCACAUGCAUUCAGUACUGA